CGUGCAGGUGAGCGGCUGCAAGUUCAAGGGGCAAUUCUCGCUUCCGCCACCUCCCCGCUAUUGCCCCGGGUCUACGUGAGCCCCCCUACCCCCCGACUCACCAUCCUCUUGUCCCAACCCCAUGCGGGCCGUCCGGAUCACUGCAAGGAUUGUCUUCCACUGAGCUGAUCAAAUACUUUGAAAAUGACUUCCAAACUCCUCUGGGUGUCCUUCAUCCUUGCUGCGUUAAUACUGUCCGUUACAUUUUCUCUCCAACCAGACCAGCAAAAGGUUCUACUGGUUUCAUUUGAUGGAUUCCGUUGGGAUUACUUGUAUAGAGUUCCAACACCCCAUUUUCAUUAUGUUAUGAAGUAUGGUGUUCAUGUGAAGCAAGUUACUAAUAUUUUUAUUACAAAGACCUACCCUAACCAUUAUACUUUGGUAACUGGCCUCUUUGCAGAGAAUCAUGGGAUUGUUGCAAAUGACAUGUUUGAUCCUAUUCUGAAUAAGUCUUUCUCCUUGGAUAACAUGACUAUUUAUGAUUCUGAGUUUUGGGAAGAAGCAACGCCAAUAUGGAUCACAAAUCAGAGGGCGGGACAUUCUAGUGGUGCAGCCAUGUGGCCUGGAACCGACGUAAAAAUACAUAAUAGCUUUCCUACUCAUUAUAUGCCUUACAAUGAGUCUGUGUCAUUUGAAGAUAGAGUUGCCAAAAUUAUCGAGUGGUUUACGUCAAAAGAGCCCAUAAAUCUCGGUCUUCUUUAUUGGGAAGACCCCGAUGAUAUGGGCCACCAUUUGGGACCCGAGAGUCCACUCAUGGGGCCUGUCAUUUCGGAUAUCGACAACAAGUUGGGAUAUCUCAUACAAAUGCUAAAAAAGGCCAAGUUGUGGAACGUUCUGAACCUAAUCAUCACAAGUGAUCAUGGAAUGACCCAGUGUUCUGAGGAAAGGAUCAUAGAACUUGAUGAGUAUCUGGAUAAAGACCACUAUGUCCUGAUUGACCAAUCUCCAGUAGCGGCUAUCUUGCCAAAAGAUGGUAAAUUUGAUGAAGUCUAUGAAGCCCUAGCUCAUGCCCAUCCUAAUCUUACUGUUUACAAAAGAGAAGAGCUUCCAGAAAGAUGGCAUUACAAGUACAACCAUCGAAUUCAACCCAUCAUAGCCGUGGCUGACGACGGGUGGUAUAUUCUGCAGAAUAAGUCAGAUAACUUUCUGUUAGGCAACCAUGGUUACGAUAAUGCAUUAGCAGACAUGCAUCCAGUAUUUUUAGCCCAUGGUCCUGCCUUCAGAAAGAAUUUCACGCAGGAAGCCAUGAGCUCCACAGACCUGUACCCACUGCUCUGCCAUCUGCUUAACAUCACGGGCAUGCCCCACAACGGAUCCUUCAGGAACGUCCAGGAUCUGCUCCGUUCCACAAGCCCAGGAGCGCUUCCUCACACGCCGGGUCCCACACUCCUCCACGGCAGCGUCAAGCCCGGAGACGACGAGAGCGAGGAGUCCUAUGCUUAUUGCUUAGGGGUGUCUCUCGGUAGUAUUGUGGUGAUUGUUUUCUUUGUGAUUUUCGUUAAACAUUUAAUUCGCAGUCAGAUACCUGCCUUACCAGAUGUGCAGGCUGAAAUCGCUCAGCCAUUAUUACAAGCCUAAUGCUACUUCGAAGUGGAGAUGGUGUACUUACUUCAGUGUUUAAGGGUUUCAGAUUCUAGGAAACCGGUUUCAGACAUUUGCACAGAUCAUUAGGCAGUUAUGUACAUAGAGAGGCACAGACACAUACCUGCGAAGGAUUAAAGUGGGAGACAAAUGAUUCUCUUAUUCUCUCUGGCUUAGGGGUAGAUAAAAUCCUGCUGUAUUUGGACAUGGCACCUAUAAUGUAUAUAUUUAAUGGCUUUGCACUGUUUAAAGUACCUUAUGUAUUACACUUUGAAUUACUCUCCUCAUGGGUACUUUUAUAUGAAAUGCACUUUAUUGCUGAAUAUGUCUUAUAAUUUGGUUGAAAAAGACAAAUUGUUUUCUGCCUACAUCAUAGACUACUUGUUAUUUGGUGGUCACACAGAAUGAAAUGUCUAAUAAUUCCUGAAAAAUGCCACAAUCUGUCUCCUUAAACUCAGGAGUGCAAAAA